AGCUGUCAUGUAAAAAAGUAUGGCAUAUCGCGCUAUAUUCGUGAGAUAGAUAUAGAGAAUAUUUACAGUACAAUUAUCAACACAAAACAAGUAAUCUUUGACAAAAAUGACUAGUUUGAUUAACAAAAUCGAGUUGCUAAUUAAAAGGGAAAAAACUACACCGGAAAAAAAGAAAGAUGACUCAAAAAAAUCUUCGCAUGAAAUCCUCUCUGAGCUAUUCAGCGCCUUCAAUGCUGACCCUCCUAAAAUCGAGGAGGUGCCUUCAAAGAAAAAGAAAACCAAAAAGAAACACAAGAAAAAAGACAAGAAACGAUCCCACAGGAAUACCAAAAGCGAUGACUCUGAUAAUAGUGAAAUUUCAUCAAACAAAGCUAAAAAACGGAAAAAGAGUAAAUUGAAAAAACGUAGAUACAGUCGAUCGCCUUCACUUCGUUCUCUGACUCCGCCAAAAAAAAUUAAAUGUGAAUCGGACGGGCUAAAAUCGAAGAAAACAGAUAAAACUACAAAGAAAAAAUAUGCAAAUGAAAAUAUUAAAAUUGAAUCUGUAGAAAAUGAGAAACCAUUACCCAUAAAAUCUGAAGUCCCAAGUGAUACGAAUAUACUGAAUUCAAUGGAUGCAAGCAGAAUCCCUAUGCCCGAAUCUCCUCAUGGCUCUAAACUUGUCAGCACUGAUCUCACAUUAAAUCAGAACCAAAAUCAAGAGCCGACCAACAAACAGGAUUCGAAUACUGAAUCAGACAAAAAUAAAGGUAAAAUUCAAAUAAAAAACCUGAAAUUUAGUGCUGUGUUUGAAGAAACUGUUAAAAAAGCUGAAGAACAAGCCAGGAAAAAAGCUGAAAAAUAUGAGGAUGGUGAAUAUACUGACUCCUCAAGUAGUUCAGUCAAAGAAGUGGAGCUGAAUCCCCAAUUUCCGAAAACAUCAGAUCCUGGUGGUAUUUUAAAACAGCAAAUUGUGGAAGAUAAUAAAAUCUGUGAAGAAGAAAAGAAAAGUCAGAAAAAAGAAAAAUCUGAAAUUUCACAUAAAAAAUCACAUAAAGACAAAAGUCGUUCUAAAAGAUCUCCUAGUAAAUCUAGACGAUCCAGAUCACGGUCUACUUCACGCAGACAUAGACAUCGUUCUACUAGCCGUUCGCGGCAUAGAUCCAGGUCAAAACGAAGAUCGCGGUCUCGACACAGGUCUAGACAUUAUUCUCCGAGACAACGAAGUAGACGAUCUGGAGCAAGUCGAUCACCAACUGGGGUAAAAUUAGCAGACAGUGAAAAAAAACGACUUCUUGAAGUAGCAAGGCGAAAUGCUAUCAAUAUGCUCAAAAAUGGUGCGGUGCCUGCUGGGGCGGCUGCACUCCCUCCACAUACCAGAAACCAAGUUAUGGCUGCUAUACAAUCUGGAGGUAAAUCAGUGGAUGAACUAACAGAUUUCUGCAAACACUUAUCAAAAAAGGAAGCACUAGGGGAGCUAUCUUCUGUCUCAUCAAACGAUGAUGACAUGAGUGAGAAUGAAGACACACUUGCUUUCCAUCAUCCAUUUCUUGUUAAAGAAAAGGCUCCUAUUGUCAUGAAUAUUAGGGGAGGAGCGCCCCUUCCAAUAAAAAACAGCAUUGUUCCAGUAGCCAAUAAAGAGGAACUAAGAUUACAGUUCCCUGUAUCUUCAGGAACUCAGCACAGAGAAAAAGCAUUAGAAUGGGUUCCAGUUUCACCUCCAAAAAAAGAUAUGCAAAUAGCCAAACUUAGUCCCAUUUCUGAAAACACGUUAACCAAAGCGAUACUACCAAGUACAGUGCCCACUGAGGAUGUUGCGAAGACGAGCUCUGUACCUCUGGCACUCCCAGCCCCUCCCCAACCGUUAAUUCAACCAAGUUACAUGAAGGGUUUCACAUCAGGAACGCAAUUAUCAUCGGUUCCCGCUUUAGCAGCCCCGGGACCACAAGCUUAUCCGCCAGGAAUAGAGCCCGCUCCCAUCGACAUGGCAUUGAUUGUAUCACAGAAAUUGUCAAUGAUUCGUAAGGAACAAGAAGAAAGCGAAUUGUUGAGUACUCAUGGCUUUGGUUGGUCAAAGGACAGUGCGCUCGGUCAGUUCACUGGAUCGACAGGAGCACAGAUCUUAACCCCAAAGGAACUGGCCAGCGGUACGCAGGCUUGGGCUAAAAAGCUGACAGUGUCAACGAUCGUGAUGCUGUGCGCGGCUACCGGUCGGAUCUCAUAAUACACUUGUAUUAUGUUUUUCGACCUCUAUCUCAAAUAUCAGAUGGUUGCAACGACAUUUCAAAACUAUGAAAUAGCAAAAGGAUAUUCUUUUUAGAUGCAAAAUUAAAAAGAAUUUGUAGUCUUAUAUACAUACUAGCGACCCGCUCUCGCUUCGCUUCGUGGACUAUAAUUUAUUAUUUAUUUUACUGAAUUUCCUUUUAUAUAUAAGUAUUUGUUUUAAACGAAUUUCAGUUUUUCUUAAAUCCUCUUUAACGAUAUUUACAGCACACAUCUGUGAAUGUUAUGUCAAACGCCAUAAGGUUACAUUAGAAAAUUUAAUAAAGUGGUUAUUUGUUCAUAAAUUUUCUAAUUUUGUUCGCAAUUUUCUAAUUUUUUCUUUCAUAAGAACUUUCUUCUGACAAUAAGAAAUGCAACAAAAAAAUAAUUAUCCCAAAUUGCUACCGGCGUUCUGAAGUCAUGCGUGUCCAUACAUUACGCAGAUUCGUUUUUAUAUAAUAUAUGUAUUUUUAUUUUAUUUUUUCGUUUAUACCGUAUUAAUUCGUUAAUUAACAAAUAAUAUUAACAUUCCUGUUCUUACUCGUAAGUCUUUAUCACUCACUCAAUAUAUAGUAGGAUUGAACUACAAGAAAAUGUUACUGCAACCAUCUCGUUUAAUAUAAAAUAGUGUAAUGAGAGAACUAUGUUCGUUCAAUCAUUACACUGAAGGAAAACAUAUACAUACCGUGAUCGUGAACUUAAAUAAAGCGAACAGAGACUUGUCAAAUUAAAUUGAAUGCUACCAUAACAGUUAAAUAAAGAUUUAAAGGGUUGCCAUAUAUAUAUUUCUAAAAUGCUUAAGUUGCCAAUUAAUUCCUUUGUUUUUCCACCAUUUUAAAGGGAUUUCUAUUAAAUUUGGUCUGAAAUUUUUGAAAGUCCUAAAUAUGAACAAAAUUUAGGAAAUCUUGAUAUUGCAGGACAUAAAUUGGUGAAAUUGGCCCGUGUAUUCUAAAAUAUACAUGAAAUAUUUUAUUUUAUUGAUUAUUUUCAUAUUUUGACAAGACUCUGUCUACUUUUCAACGGAGAUGACCGUGAUGAUAAUUAUCAUGCCAACUCCUCGGCAUGUCAAUCAUCAUUACAUCGGGAACAAAUAUUCAGUCUUCCCCAUUUAUCAGACUGACAAUAAUAUUGAAAUAAGACUUUAUUUGCGAAAGAAAAUCAUGUCUUUUUUUCUUAUUUGAAUAAAAUCUCUACAUUAUUUUUAUUUCGUCAUUCAAAAAAAUCUUUCGUUUUCCGUCAGUCUUCUAAAUCGUUUCAUAAAGCCUGGCAGUCUUUUGAGUUAAAAAAAAAACGUAAAUAACUCAACAACACUCAAAGGGAAGCAUGGCUUUAACGGGGAAUUCGUGAAUAUUUGUUGCAGCUUGUUUGUGAUACGGAGACGCUGUACGUUAGACGCACGACGGUACUGCGCCGAUAAACCAAAACGUAUUACCUAAUGCGAGGUAAGUAUCCAAUAUCGUGGGGGGAACAACCGUUAACGAGAAAUGAAUAAAUGUUGCCAACUUCAUAAACUACCUAAAUGUUUAUAUCGAAUACAAAAAUUGAGACAGAUAGUCGAGGGCGUGAAAUGACAACCUGCCAAAGCAAAAAUUGGACAUCUAGUUUUUUUUUUUUUAUAUAUCGAGAAGUUUAACUGAAAAAUCGUAAUGGAACAAAAUGGAAAUAAUAAAUCUGUAUGUAGGAUCAACUACAACGUGCAGCUCCUGUUGAGGGAGGAAUGGGUAUGCAUCUGCUGCAGAAGAUGGGUUGGACCCCGGGUCGAGGUCU